AUGAAUAAGGUCCCUGUUCGAGUAGAUGGUAGAUUUAGGCUGGGAGAGGUUUUAGGAUCUGGCUCCUAUGCUGUCGUGUAUUCUGCACGGAAUAUCAUCAAUGAUGAUCAUGUUGUGCUCAAACUCGAACCCGUUGUCGACCACUCAUCUUCUUUGGAGCGUGAAUACUGGAUCCUGAAACAGCUUGAAGGCGGAGUUGGCAUCCCCCGCACCCUCUGGUUCGGUAGAGAGUCAGCGUAUCAUGCUCUUGUUCUCGAACUCCUUGGGCCAUCGCUCCACCAACUCUUCCUCGCGAACAAUCGAAGAUUCAGCCUUCUCAACAUUGUGAAUCUAGGAGUCCAGUUGCUCUCACGUCUUGAAUACAUUCACUUGCACAAUUACGUUCACGGCGACAUCAAACCGCACAACAUCUUGGUCGGUCUUGGAAAUCUGAGGCACACUGCCUUCAUCAUCGAUUUCGGCAUCACGAAGAUGUACUGGAACACCACAACCAGUGACCAUGUGCCAUUUUGCCAUGGCCGAAGUCUCUCUGGUACUCCUGUGUUCGCCUCGAUCAACAACCACUUAGGAGUUGAGCCAGGUCGUCGUGACGAUCUUGAGUCGCUCACAUACAUGUUAAUAUAUUUCUUACAUGGCUCCCUUCCAUGGUUAACAAGCAACGACGAGAAGUUGUCCAACUCUACCAUACUCGAGUGCAAAGCAUGUGCCACCAUUGCAGAUAUAUGCCAUGACAUCCCCGUUGAGUUCGCCAACAUUCUUAUUUACACCCGCUCUCUCGCAUUCACAGAAGAUCCUGAUUACGAUCACCUCCGUUCAGUACUUCACGGUCUUCGUGCCACAUUGCCUGCACCAGCUACGUGCAUGUUGGAUUUUAGCCAACCUGACAGUCCUGCCAUACCUCUAUCACCUGAUGGUCCUUCCAUACCUCCCCCUCUAUCACCUGACCAGUGCUGUGUGGCCGAAGCAAUGUCACCACGUCCGUCAAAGGUAGUGCGCAGAUCGACUCAUGUGUGA